AUGUUGGCUGGUGAAGAAACCAGCGUGGAAUUGGUGAAACGAUGGCUUCAGACGCGCGAUGACGACGAAGCCCGUGCCGGUCGCAGAUCUUCGCUUGCUCUCACGCCGGAAGACGAACCAUUAGUGGACGUCGCCAACAGAUCGCCUCCGCCUUCAUACAUCCCCUCUGCAUUGCUGUACGCCCCUCCGGAACCUCUAGAGUUACUAUGCGUGUUUCCGGAACGAACGUCGCGCGUUUGCGCUGCGGCUUCAGCAGCGGCAUCUCGAGUGGGUGGAGAUACACGUACUGUCCGAGGGUUACGAGAAACCCUCGACAUCCUCCGACGCGACGUGGACACGCGACUGCCGCAUGUUAUCGUCAUAGAUGCGCGACAACCGCAAGCGCUUGAUGCAGUUGCGCUCGCCAGGGCAAUAAGAGGAAUCAAGAACACUCAGCAUGUAAUUCUCAUAGCUGUCGUAAAGAAAAGUGCAUAUCUGAAAGAUGAUUUUGCUGUACUGCCCUACUUAGAGGCUGGGUAUAACAGGGUAAUGGUGGAGACACUGGGUGCUACAGCAUGGUGCGCAGAGGUACUUCAAGCUCGGUCAGCGGCCGCGGUGGCGCGAGCGCAAAUCGGCGCAGUCGCAGCCCUGGCCGCCGCCGCUGACCGUUCAAGGGACCUCGUUGCAGUUACUGAUGACCAACAUAGGAUACUUCUCACUAACAAAUCCUGGUGCCGGGUACUUGGUUGGCGAGUUGAGGAAAGUCCUCGACCAUUUUCCGACACCGCAGGAGGUGAAGCUCUGCGUUUAGCCACAAGCGGGGCACGGGACUUCGAGGCCCCAGUAACGCUCCGCAGAAAAGCAGCACCUGAUCCCAUACUGCUACCAUGUAGAGGGGCUACAGUUGCUUUAACUAAGAGUACAUCUCACGUAGUUUUCGUAUGUGAGCCAACUAAUGUGGUGGACGGUGAACGCGGACGAGGGUCCCUCCACUCCAUCCGGCGAGGUUCCCUGGACGUGCGCUCUGUUGCGUCCGAUGGCCUGCGACGUACUUCCUUAGCCAAGUUGCAAGGACUACCAUUAGAAGCUCCCAUCACUAAGGUGAUUACGCUCCUGUCAGCGGCAACCGAGGGCGCUCCGCCAUCCACGGUGGCAUGCAUAGAGAGAGCAGUGGACAUGCUUCGAACGUCAGAACUGUACUCCCCACAAAUGAAGGAUGAACCUAAACUCAGGGUCGAAGAUCCUAUCGCCACUGAUCUUAUUGGAGCACUUUUAUCGCGAGAGCAAGCGAACACAAACCUUUUUUAUAUGCAAGGACCUACAAACAUAAUCUCAUCGCGGCGAAGCAGCAAUGACUCCACUGUGAUCAGACAGACCAAUAGGACCAACAUUAAACAUAAGACUUCAGGCCAACUCCGUGAACUUCUCGAUACAGCACUUUGUUGGGACUUCGAGAUUUUCCGACUGGAGGAUAUAACCCGAGGCAGACCUCUGACCCACCUCGGUCUUACCCUCAUGGGCCAACGGUUCGAUUUGUGUGGAACUCUCGAAUGUGAUGAACGAACAUUGGCUAAUUGGUUGACCACAAUAGAGACCAACUACCGCCCAAAGAACAGCUACCAUAACUCCACACAUGCAGCUGAUGUACUGCAGGCUGUGGCAUUCUUCUUGGAGAAAGAGCGUCUGAAGUGCUUGCUGGAGCCGCUGGAGGCGGCUGCGGCGCUGGUGGCGGCGGCGGCGCACGACGUCGACCACCCGGGCACCUCCUCCGCGUUCCUGUGCAACUCGCUCGACCCACUCGCUAUACUCUACAACGAUGUCAGCGUCCUCGAGUCGCACCAUGCCGCUCUCACCUUCAAGCUUACCCUCAGUGACGACCGCGUAAACAUAUUCAAGAAUCUCGACCGCGAAAUGUUUAAGACGAUGCGGCACAACGUAAUCGACAUGAUCCUCGCCACCGAAAUGACGAAACAUUACGAGCAUCUCGCCAAGUUCGUCAACGUUUUCUACGCCACCAGCGGAGGCAGCAAAGAAGACGGCCUGCAGACUGAUGAACCUUUAUCUCUAGAUACAACAGCGCUGUCAUUGCCGGAGAAUCUGGUGUUAGUAAAAAGGAUGAUGAUCAAAUGCGCUGACGUCUCGAAUGCUUCUAGGCCACAAAAAUUCGCAUUCGAAUGGGCAAAGAGGAUUGCGGAUGAAUACUUUCUACAAACGGACGAGGAGAAGGCCAAGGACUUGCCGGUCGUGAUGCCGAUGUUCGACCGCGCCACGUGCUCCAUUCCGCGCUCGCAGCUCGGCUUCAUAGACUAUAUCAUCAUUAACAUGAUGGAGGCAUGGGCUGCAUUCAUUGACAUGCCGGAGUUGGUGAACCACGCGCGCAGCAACCACCAGCGCUGGCGGGAACUAGACGAGGCCGGCGUCACCACCAUAGCAGAGGUGAUGCGAGCACAGCGACAGUAUGCUCUGCAGGCACCACCUAACAAUACCACCACCCAGCCCACUGCCGAGGAGUAAGACAGCAUACAGACAAGUAGAGACAUGUCGGUAACAUCUAUAAAGCACGUAUAUCAUAGUAUAAAAAAAUAUACAAUGUGCCAUAGAAAAUAUCAGUAAUGCCCACUGAUAUUUUGCUUAAUAUCAGUGAUUAAACAUCAUAUGUGUCGGUAACAUCUAUAAAACACCCGAGAAUAUGCCAUAGUAAAUAUCAGUAAUGACCACUAAUAUUUUACUAGGACUUUGUCAGAACUGGAAUAGAAGAUCUAUUGGAAUAGAUCUUAUUAAUAGGACAAUGUGAUUGUAAUUAAAAUAAUUUGUAUCGGUUUCUGCUGAUGUCGAGUGGAUAUGGAGCACAAAAGAGAUAAUAAACCUAGGCAUAUGCGUAACCAGAGAUCAAGAGCGGAUAUCUGCUCUUCUCUAAAAAUUCUGAUUUGACUGAAUUGAAUGCAUUAAAGUUUGAAAAACACUGCGAGGUCGAGAAACUGGUUUUACGUGGGUUCUGGACGGGGGGGAGGGGCCCGAGCCAGAAUUUGGGUACAUCUAAAACGUAAACGCACUAGAAGUAAACCUAGUAAAACUUUAACCAUUAGCUAUAUCUAAUGGUUAAAUUUGAAGAUCAUUCUGAACCAAUCUGACUUAAAACUUGGACCUGCAGAGGUCAUCUGAAGCCUCAUUUCUUCGCCAAAACUAUAUUUGAAAAUUAAGCUUUACUAUAUUAAUCAUGUAUGUAUGUAUCUUUUUAAAAAACCUUUCUGAUAUUCAUGGUACUUGUUUAAUACUUUGUAAAAAUUUAACACACCUAAUUACUAUCCAUUAAGUUAAAUAUGGACCAUAGGUUAAUUAGUAUAAUCGAGCAGUUAAAUGAGGCGAAAAAAAAUUAUAAAAAUGUUUGUCCAUUGACUAUCCUAAUAGCAUUGCUAAAUAAUUAUUAUUUGAUUGGGGACACUCGAUCUAUGAAAUGUUAAGUAGAUAUAGAAAUUGUUAAACGUGUCUAUAAAUUUAUUUUCAAAUUGGUUCAUAUAAUAGAUAGAUAUACAU